CAGCUGCAGUUGGAGCAGCAGUUGCUGCAGUUGAAGCAGCAGUUGCUGCAGUUGAAGCAGCAGUUGCUGCAGUUGGAGCAGCAGUUGCUGCAGUUGGAGCAGCAGUUGCUGCAGUUGAAGCAGCAGUUGCUGCAGUUGGAGCAGCAGUUGCUGCAGUUGGAGCAGCAGUUGCUGCAGUUGGAGCAGCAGUUGCUGCAGUUGGAGCAGCAGUUGCUGCAGUUGAAGCAGCAGUUGCUGCAGUUGAACCAGCAGUUGCUGCAGUUGAAGCAGCAGUUGCUGCAGUUGGAGCAGCAGUUGCUGCAGUUGGAGCAGCAGUUGCUGCAGUUGAAGCAGCAGUUGCUGCAGUUGGAGCAGCAGUUGCUGCAGUUGGAGCAGCAGUUGCUGCAGUUGAAGCAGCAGUUGCUGCAGUUGGAGCAGCAGUUGCUGCAGUUGGAGCAGCAGUUGCUGCAGUUGAAGCAGCAGUUGCUGCAGUUGAACCAGCAGUUGCUGCAACGGUGGUGGUUGCUGCGGUUGGAGCUGCAGUAGUCAUUGUAG